AUGCAGUUCUUCAACAUCUGCGAUGAGGAUGCCGAUGGCCGGAUCAACUAUGAGGACUUCGAGACCUACUGCGCGGUCCAUGGCGAGUUGAUCGACUUUCGGGUGGGUGAGCAGAGUGUGCUGAAGGUCAACCAGACGCUGAAGAUCUUGGAGGUCAUGUUUGAUGGCGUGAUCGAGGAGACAGGCAUCAUCAUCACUGCCACAGACGUCCGCAACACCAAGCCACACAUCGACUGGCAGGAGACUGCUUUACUUAUUGUUGGUUAG